AUGGCCGACUUGACCUCCAUGACGGCCCUGGCCAUGUCACUGGGCGAGCUCAGCGCCAGACUCAUCCAGAGCUUUCUCGAGCUUCUGGAUUCGUCCCUGGUCACGGCAAUCACAGAGAAGGUCCUGCUGUUCUGCGUCUGGGAUUUUGUGGACGCAGCAGUCCGGCUGGUUGAGACCAGCUACAAGGUGGCCGCAGAGCUGCUGCAGAUCCGUUCAGCGGAUGGCUGUUCCAAAGAGAGCAGUCAGGGGCGGACGGAGCUGAAGGAGCGGAGCGCGCGACGCUCCGACGGACCUGAGCCGCCGACGCUGGCAGAUCCCGUUACGACCGGCCUCGAGGAGCUAUCGGUUGACGAGAACCCGCUCACACAGCGCUUCGACCGUCUGGCCGAUGGGUUGUGGCUUUUCCUAGAUAUCUACGACCGCGUGCGGCGAUUCGGAGAGGAGGAACCCUACGACAGCCACGCCUGGGGCCUGCGAGACUUCCUCAAGGAGGUUCCCGAGGGCCGGCGCUUGGCGCUCCUGGAGGACACCUUCUCUCUGGCUCGAAAGACGGAGAUGUCGUGGGACACAAAGGUGACCUGGUGCACGGCGCUCGUGGCAUCCCUGACCUUUGUGCAGCAGAAUGUCUCCUCGGCGCUCGAGCUCUCCUCCAGCAUGUUUCUCCGGUAUCGCAAACUGAUGCGCCUGGAGCAGACCUUCGACGUGCCGACCCACCUGGCCUUCCUGGAGCGCGUGCCGCAAUGGUUCGACGAGAUGCCGGUCUUCAUGAACUCCAUCGGCCACGCCCGGCCUGACCGAGCCGAGCUGCUCUUCUCGCGGAGCUCCCGGCUCUGCACCGCUGAAAACAGCAGCCGCCUCCAAACCUCCAGGGCCUCGAGUCACGCGAGCUGGAUGCCGGAGCGUGGGAAGUGGGCCGAUUCCACCGGCUACUGGGCCUGGCGCGGCCACGGGGCAGCGACGCUCCUGGAGGCCCUUGGUUCUGGCGGGCGCCUGGGGUCCUCCUUGAGCUACACCUUCUGGGCCGUGCGCUCCCUGGACUUGCCGGAGCCCCGCUGCCACACGCAGACGGAGGUGCUCUACGACCCGACGGCCUGCCUGCAGGAGCAGGGCUGGGCCGGCUACGUCUACAUGGACUCCGCCAGGGCGGAUAAGACUGUGGCCAGGUACGAGCCGCGGAGGUGGAAGGGGCAGCGCGUGCACCCGACCCCUUUCGAGAUCCAAUCCCUGCGAGACGGCGUGGUGGCACCGCCAGAACCCAUGGACGUGCUGGUAGUUUCUCCGCUCGUCGGCAACUGUCGGGAUGUGGUCGAAAUGCUCCGUGCAGAGAGCAUGACAAUCAGCAAACUCGUUUAUGUGGCCAUCAACCCUCUGCUGCCGCCACCGGCGUUGGCGGAGCCCAAUUUCACGGCCGCCUUUGCUGGCUACUGGCGGAAGUCGCCAGAGGAGCUGGCGCGAGGCGCCGUGGCCGCUCAGUGCUCCCUGGCCAGCACCACGGAGGUGCUGCGGCCGCUGUCUUAUUCCCUGCUCCAGGUCGAGCACCUCUACGCAGUGUACGUGCACAGUGCCUUGGCGGAGAUGGCACCUGACGAGAUGAAGGAGUUCGAGGAGUGGCGGCUGGGCUGGUUUUGCUCGCCGCUCUCUCGGUACCUCAUGGGCUUGGAGGCCAGCGAGGCCUCGGGUGCCCAAGGCUGCGCCGAGGCCGAGGCCGCGAAGGAAGCUCUGCCCACACUCCGGCGUUUCUGGGCGAGGGCAGAGAAGGCCGGCGGCAGCCACGGCGCCGAUUGCCCGGUUCCCUACCGCGGUCCCUGGUGCCAGGACGCGGAUCCAAGCACGCAGGACGAAGCGCGACCAUACCGUGCCGCUGUGCACUAUGUGGUGAACGAGGACGCUGAGCACUUGAAGGAGUUGCUGUUCAGUAUCGAAAGCCUCUGGAUGCACUUCAACGAGCGCUUCGACUACCCAGUCCUCAUUUUCCAUGAUGGCUUGAGCCCCAAGACCCGCGAGAGCAUCGUGGCGAAGACGCCCGGACAGCGCAUUUGGUUCUUCUCGGUGGGGAACUGGGUCCCCAGCGAGGCGCAGCACGCGCUCCACAGCAACUUCGGAGCAGGAUACAUGGCUCAGUCCAGAUUCCGUUCAGGCCCGGUGUUUCACCACGAAGCCCUCGACGGCUUCGAUUACCUCUGGUCCCUGGACAGCGACAGUCACUUCCCUGCCCCUGUGGAAGUCGACCCCUUCUUGCAGCUGCACUCGAAUCCGGAGCUGGUGAUGGGCUGGUCCUAUAUCACCACGACCUCGCCUGCUUCGGUUCGUCGUCUCUGGGAGUACACCAUGCUCUAUGCAAUGAAGGAGAAGGUGGACAUUUGGUCGAGCACGCUGUCCAAGAAUUGGAAGAGCGGCCGAACGCACUUCAUGUCGACGUUCUUGAGCUCAAGCAGCGUUGAAGGUCUGGACAGGAUGCCUCUCUGGAACAAUCGUGUCCUCAUGACGGACUGCGAGGUGCUCCGGCUGUCCUUCUUUCGAUCUUCAAGGUAUCAGGACUACUUCCGGUAUCUCGACUCCCUCGAGGGCUUCUGGAGCCACCGUUGGGGUGACCACGCUGUGCGGACGUUGGGCGUUGGUCUGGCACUGUGGGAGGAGGACAGACCGACGUGGCAGCAGGCGAUAGGCCGCGGCAGUGAUGGCUGGCCUCGUGCUUUCCAGAUGGUCCUGCCGUAUGCGCACCAAGACUUCUGCCAGUGCGACGGGGAGUGCAGGCCUCUCCACGACCCGAAGCGGGGCGUCGUCUUCGACGAGCUGCAGGCGCUAGAGUCGCCUGCAGUUGCGGCGCCUCACAGACUCGUCGUCCUCGCUGCAGACGUCGGGGGCCACUGGGCUGGGCGCGCCGCUCGUGGAGUGAUGCUCUCGUGUUGGGUGACGUUUCGGACCUCGGCUGCAGCUUUGCGUAGCUUCGCUGACACCGCGUACAGGCGCCUGAAGGCUCAAGCUGAAUUACAGGCUUGGAAGGAGCGACGCGGGGCCGCGCCCAUGGCUCUGGUGACACUCGCCUCAGCCAUACGAUGGCUGGUACAGGUGGUGCGCCAGGCCACACCCGAGGUACUUCAACUUCCACGCUCCUGCCGCCAAGCCGCUCUCCACGCGGCCCUGACUUGCGCCGGCAGCGCCCCACAGUACUAUCCGCCAGGGUGGGGGCCUUGCUCUCACUGCUGGGGGUGGUUGUGCGUUGGAGCUGCGCUGGGCGGUUUGCUUAUGGCUGCAGGCUGGGCACACUUUGCCAUGCGCCGUGCGCCCCCGCCCGCGUGGACGGCUGCUGCGGAAGAGAUCCUUCGCUGCGUCGCGAUUGGGGGGGAGCACGAGCUCGCCGCACUAGCGAAUGCGGCCGGGCAGACACCCGAAGAGCUGUUGUGCCGUGUCCUACACGCCGCGACUUCGCCGCACACGCCCGGAUUGCCCCCGCCGACACCCUUGUGCGCCGCGCCGCCCGCUCGCAAACGCCGGGGCUCGAGAGGCAACCUUGCCGCGCACACUAGCCCCCGCCACAGGGCGGGUUCUACGGGUAAGAGCGGGGAGCCAACAGUGCAGAGCACUUCUUCCAUCUUCUUCCCGCUGGACGAGGCACGCUGCCGCCCGUGCCAGGCAGUGGUGGCCGUCCAAGGCUUGGUGCACAGCCGGCGCUUGCCCCGUGUCAUGGAGUGGCCAGUGGAGUCCUUGCUGCUGGGCGUGGUUUCGGCUCUCCGCGCCAUGGCCUCGGACGAAGAGGAGCCCGGCCCAGCGCGAGCAUGGCUACAGGAGAAGGCGAAGGCGGCAAAGGCGGCCCGGCACCACGCCGCAGAGAUGGUGGCGGAGCUGGCAAAGGCGGUGGCAAGGCGCUGGGCAGAGAUGGAGGCCAUGCCGGGCUCAUCGAGGCUGCUACGUGCACACGGCGCGGAAGGCAUGACCUUGGCAUGCAGCUCCAUGAAAAAGGCACGCCGAGCGCACAGGCGCAAGCAAACGAUUCCGACUGUCGUCACCCGCCCCACCGCCAUGCACACACCAACCACCAGUCCGCGAACGGCCCACCGACAUCACCCGCGCCGCGGUAGACGCGUGGGCGAAGCGUCACACCCCGGCCCGCCGAACGAGCCAACCCUCGGCAGAACACGGGAGCCAGCGCACGCAUCCGUCCGCCAACAGCGUGCCGGUGAGUUGCAUGCGCUGGCUCAAAUGAGGCUCCUGCCCGCGGCCCCACCGUCACCAGCCGCGAGCAUCUCCGACACACUGGACGCCGAUACACCUUUCGCUUCGCCGGCUGCCUCCCCACGACGCGGCGCACCUCCGGACGCGGGCGUGCCUGGGCGCGCAAGCGAAGCCGCGCCGCCCUUGUCAGGGGAGGCGACGCCAGGGUUCACGCCGCCGCAGUCUCCACACGACGAGCCGGCGCUGCCUUGGCAAGAUGCCCGCCCGCCGAGCGUCAAGCCCGGCCUACGGUGCUCGUGGCUGUCCGUGCCGUUGCUACACGCUGGCGCCGGCCAUGUCACUCACGCGGCGCUUGAGGCAUGGCAGGCGCGACCGCGACUCGGAACUCGCUUCACGGAGCUCGCGUCAUCCCUACGUCGUGCUGCUGGCGUGCCACCCCCGACAAUCACCCGCCUCAUGCGCGCAGCCGCGGAUUGCGAACCACACGACACAGCUGCGCUGGCACCGGACGUCGCCCGCGCCACGCAGCAACUCGCCGCGCUUCCGGCAGAGGCCCCGUUGCCACUGCCGGCGGCAGUGCUGGUCUGCAUGACGUCCGAUGGUUAUUUGAGCGCUCCCGCCCAGUCAGCUUUGCUCGAGGCUUACGGAGGCGGAGCCCUCGCGGCGGAGGCACAAACGCUCGCGGACGAUGCGCGCGACAGCUUCGCUCCGAGGCCCGACCGUGCAGAGGACCAGCGCCAUGGGCACAGAAGACCACGCCGCCGCCGCCGGCAGGCCCGACGCUCGCAAGCGGACAACGCCACAGCUGCGGACUCCGAGGCGAGCGCGGUUCCCACAUGCCCGCGGCCACCCUGCACGGCGGAGGCGGAGGCAGCUUGGGAGGCUGUCGUGGGCGCGGCGGCCCCUUCCUGCAGCGAUUCGUGGAAGCGAUAUGGUUGGCGAAAGGCCAUGGAUCAGGAUCCCGGGAUCAUCAAGGUUUCUGUAAAAUUUCAUGAAACGUCGUCGGAGAGGCCUAUGCCUGCUCAGAUGAAGAAGUUGCCAGGGAAGGACGACAAGGUCCCCACCAUCUUCGUGAGGGAUCUUCGCAAGAGCACCACGAAUCUCCAGGUCGUGAGCUACUUCUCGAAGUUCGGCAAGGUGCUGGCGACCAGCCACUUCAUCGACAGCAAAAAGGUUUCCGUAAAACUUCACGCCUCUGGUACGGUGAAUAUGUCCGAUGCCGCAAGCAGCACACAGGACUGGUUCACCGCGUGGGUUUGGGUGCGACACCACCCGUCGUGCCUUCUCCAGGAACGUGGCCUUUGA